AUGGCUCGCUUUGUUUACGGAUCCACGGUAUUGACACGCGUGUGUAAAAGUUCUCCAAUUCUUUAAAAUUUUGACUGUUGAACGAAAAGUUUUUUUGCAUUUUGACCAUCUCUUAGGAGAUAUUUUGCUUAGUUUCUCACAUUUGACAUUAAUAAUUGCAAUAAACAUGAAUUCGAAGAGAAUAACGCUGUCAAAGAGUAUACUGGAUAUGAAGUUUAUGAAGCGUACGAAAGACAAAGUGGAGAAAGAGCAGUUUCAGGAAGAAGGAGAGGAAUACUUUGGUAGUGAGCUUACAUCACGCAUGAAGAAAGCAUCUGGAAAUUUUUUUAUGGAACCAAGUUACGUUUUCUGCGAGAAACUCAUUGACGGCAGAUUAAGCUUUCAAGGGAUGAAUCCAGCUAUAGAGAAGUUAAUGGAAACGAAGGAAAAUGCUAAACGGACAAAAGAAGAAGUGAAAGAAGUUGAUGUAUCUGAUGAACAAAUGACUGUUCAAUGGAAAAAAAUGCGAGCAAAGUUUGAUACCAUGAACAGACACAGAAAGCCAUACCAUAAAAAGAACAAUGAAGAUGAACCAUUAGAGAAGAAAGUGAAAUUCUCGAAUUCAAUAGAUUACUCUACACGGUAAAUAAUAAUUAUGUAAUAAGUGUAUAUAUAUACUUUAGAUGUAUUAGAUAAAUGUGUUGUACAUAUUUAAGGUACACAUAAAUUUAACUGAUAAACCUAAACUAAUUAUUAUAUAUUAUUUUAAUAUAAUUACUGAAUAAAAGUAAUGUUUUUAAAAUA